UCUAACGAUGAAUCACGUGGACAACCUGUAAUAAAAGAACAAGCAACUUUUUCCCGGGCCGCCAUUAGCGUCGUAACUACAAGCUUCAUCAAUUCCUCAUUCGUGGUGCUGUAUUCACCGAGAGCUUAAGCAAAGCAUCAAGCAUAAAAGACCCAAAUGGUGGUCGAACUUCAGUAACAACACAACGAGAGGAAGGUGGACGAGCAAAGAGCAACGAUUCUGGGUUUCAAGACCGAGAAAAUGGAGAACCAGGAAGCUCGUCGGUCGACUACGGAACAGAGAUCGAAGAAAUCGAUUCCUCCAUACAUGAAGGCGAUCUCUGGUUCUCUCGGAGGGGUGAUGGAGGCCUGUUGUCUACAGCCGAUUGAUGUUAUCAAGACUAGGUUGCAGCUCGAUCGGACCGGGGCUUACAAGGGGAUUGUCCACUGUGGAGCCACGGUUACGCAAACGGAAGGAGUUCGGGCUCUUUGGAAGGGAUUGACUCCGUUCGCUACUCACCUGACCAUGAAAUAUGCGCUUCGCAUGGGGUCCAAUGCAGUGCUUCAGUCCGCGUUUAAGGAUUCGGAGACUGGAAAGCUUAGCAAUCACGCUCGUCUGGUUUCUGGAUUCGGUGCCGGGGUUUUGGAGGCUCUCGUCAUUGUUACUCCAUUUGAGGUGGUGAAAAUUAGAUUGCAGCAGCAGAAAGGACUGAGUCCUGAGCUCCUUAAGUACAAGGGUCCAGUGCACUGUGCUCGAAUGAUUAUUCGAGAAGAAGGCCUUCUAGGGCUUUGGGCAGGUGCUGCUCCAACUGUUAUGCGGAAUGGUACAAACCAGGCUGCCAUGUUUACUGCCAAGAAUGCUUUUGAUGUUGUUCUUUGGAACAGACAUGAAGGGGAUGGAAAAGUCCUUCAGCCAUGGCAGUCAAUGGUAUCGGGAUUCCUAGCAGGCACAGCAGGCCCUUUAUGCACUGGUCCUUUUGAUGUUGUGAAAACUAGGUUAAUGGCCCAGAGCCGAGGCACAGGUGAACUCAAGUACAAAGGCAUGUUCCAUGCUAUCAGAACUAUAUACGCAGAGGAGGGACUUUUUACUUUAUGGAAAGGGCUGCUGCCCCGACUCAUGAGGAUUCCACCAGGGCAGGCCAUUGUGUGGGCUGUGGCCGAUCAAUUUAUUGGCUUGUAUGAGAAGAGUCAUCUUCACGAUGCUCCCAUAUGAAUACUAGGAACAUUUUUGGCUUGCUUUAUUAUAAAGUCCACAGCAGACCAAGUGAUGGUCUUUUAGCGUCUCUUAUUGCAUACCUUCAUUUUUCUACAACUGUUUCAGCCACCAUCCAAAUAACCAUGAAGUUUUCGCACCUCGUGUCUUAAAAUAGAUCACAUGGGAAAGUAUUAUAAUUUA